UGAUUUCUUCGAAGCUGUAGACAUUUUGUUUCUUCAACAAAGACAUUUGCAGUCUAAUUUUAAUCUGUACUUGUCACGUCUACUAGUUACUGAUUACGUUUUCUUCGACAUUUUGUUGGGUUUUCGCUCAAUUUUUCAUUUUGAAAUCCUCAAAGUCUCAAUGGUUUCCUAAAACAAAUAAAUAGUAAGAAUGUCUGAUUCGGAAGGGAGUAAUUUUUCAGGCAGUGGCUCAGACGCGGCCAGUGUCGUAUCUAAUAGAUCUCGUAGAAGCGCUGCAUCAAAUCGCUCUAUAUCCCGAUCGCGGUCGCGAUCACGCUCUGGAAGUCGGAGUCCUUCCCGGAGUCCCUCUAGAUCACGCUCGAGGUCGCGCUCCCGUUCCCGAUCUAGAAGCCGUUCCGCUGCAUCCGAUGCCAGUCGCAACAGAGAUGAUGAAGCUAAGGAAGCGUCAGGCGAUGAAGAUGUCGAGGAUGAACAGGAGCCUGAAGGUGAGGAUCUGGUAGACUCUGAAGAAUAUGAUGAAGAUGAGGAAGAAGAAAGACGAAGAAAGAAGCGAAAGAAGGACAGUCGGUAUGGCGGGUUCAUCAUUGAUGAGGCUGAGGUGGAUGACGAAGUUGAUGAAGAUGAUGAAUGGGAAGAGGGCGCUCAGGAAAUGGGCAUCGUGGGGAAUGAAGUGGAUGAAAUUGGCCCCACAGCUCGAGAAAUCGAGGGUCGUCGCCGUGGGACCAAUCUGUGGGACUCGCAAAAAGAAGAGGAGAUUGAAGAAUAUUUAAGGAACAAAUAUGCCGACGAGUCUGCUGCAUUGCGACACUUUGGUGAAGGUGGUGAGGAAAUGUCAGAUGAAAUCACCCAGCAGACCCUCUUGCCGGGAAUCAAAGAUCCAAACCUGUGGAUGGUGAAAUGUCAUAUUGGUGAAGAAAAGGCAACAGUUUUACUGCUAAUGAGAAAGUUUAUUGCAUAUAAAAAUUCAGAAGAGCCUUUCCAGAUUAAAUCAGUUGUUGCUCCGGAAGGUGUUAAAGGCUAUGUGUACAUAGAAGCUUACAAACAAACGCAUGUUAAAGCCAUUAUAAACAAUGUUAGUGCUUUAAAAAUUGGCACGUGGAAACAAGACAUGGUGCCAAUUAAAGAGAUGACGGAUGUUCUGAGAGUGGUCAAAGAACAGUCCGGUUUAAAACCAAAGCAAUGGGUCAGAUUAAAGAGAGGAUUGUACAAAGAUGACAUAGCUCAAGUAGAUUACGUAGAUCUAGCUCAAAAUCAAGUUCAUUUGAAGUUGCUACCGAGAAUAGAUUACACACGACUUAGAGGUGCUCUGAGAACAGUGCAGAGUGAAAGCGAAGCGGCGAAACGAAAAAAGAAGCGUCGUCCGGCCGCGAAGCCUUUCGAUCCAGAAGCGAUCCGCGCUAUCGGUGGCGAGGUCACCUCCGACGGUGACUUCCUUAUAUUUGAGGGUAAUAGAUAUUCAAGAAAGGGCUUUUUGUACAAGAAUUUUACCAUGUCAGCCAUCUUGGCGGAGGGCGUCAAGCCAUCGCUAACGGAGUUGGAAAGAUUCGAGGAACAACCGGAGGGUAUCGACAUAGAACUGGCGGCGCCGGCCAAAGACGAUCCAACAAGCUUGCAUUCAUUUUCGAUGGGCGAUAACGUCGAGGUGUGUUCCGGGGAUCUCGCAAACUUACAAGCCAAGAUCAUCGCUAUAGACGGGUCCAUGAUCACGGUGAUGCCAAAACAUGACGCCCUGAAAGAUCCCCUCGUGUUCAAGCCGAACGAGCUGAGGAAGUAUUUCAAGCAGGGUGACCACGUGAAGGUGUUGGCGGGCCGCUACGAGGGAGAUACGGGGCUCAUAGUCAGGGUGGAGCCGCACAGGGUCGUGCUAGUGUCGGACUUGACCAUGCACGAGCUGGAGGUGCUGCCCAGAGAUCUCCAGCUGUGCUCGGACAUGGCGACCGGCGUGGAUUCUCUGGGUCAGUUCCAGUGGGGCGACAUGGUCCAGCUGGAUCCGCAGACCGUGGGCGUCAUCGUCAGGCUAGAAAAGGAAAAUUUCCACGUUCUAGGUAUGCAAGGAAAAGUGAUAGAGUGCAAACCUCAAGCGUUGCAGAAACGUCGCGAGAACAGAUUCACGACGGCGCUCGACUCCGAGCACAACUCUAUCCAGAAGAAGGACAUCGUGAAGGUGAUAGACGGACCUCACGCCGGCCGCGAGGGCGAGAUCAAGCACCUGUACCGUAACUUCGCCUUCCUGCAGUCGCGCAUGUACCUCGACAACGGCGGCAUCUUCGUCUGCAAGACGCGUCAUCUGCAGCUGGCGGGCGGGGCCAAGGGUGCGGGCGUCGCCAACGCCCUCGCGCUCGGCUUCAUGUCCCCGCGCAUUCAGUCCCCCAUGCACCCCUCGGCGCGCGGCGGAGGCGGCGGCGGACGCGGGGGGCGAGGCCGCGGAGGCCGGGGCGCCGUCGCCCGCGACCGCGAGCUGCUCGGCCUCACCAUCAAGAUCACCGGCGGACCCUACAAGGGUAACGUGGGCAUCGUGAAGGACGCCACGGGCAGCACCGCGCGCGUCGAGCUGCACACCAUGUGCCAGACGAUCUCCGUGGACCGCGGGCACAUCGCGCCGGCGGGCGGCGGCGCGCGCGGCGGCGCCUCCAGCUACUCGCGCACGCCGGUGCGCAUGACCGGCUCGCACACGCCCACGUACCGCGAGACCGGCAUCAAGACGCCGAUGCACGGCUCCCAGACGCCCAUCUACGAGUCCGGCGCGCGCACGCCGCACUACGGCUCCGCCACGCCGUCGCACGAGGGCGGGCGCACGCCGGCGCACGGCGUGUGGGACCCCACGGUGUCGGCGACGCCCGCGCGCCCCGACUUCGAGUUCGAGGAGAGCGCGGGCCCGGCGUACGAGUCGAGCUCGUACGGGCAGGGCCCCUUCACGCCGCAGACUCCGGGCACCAUGUACGGCUCCGACCACUCGUACAGCCCGUACCGGCCGAGCCCCAGCCCGGCCGGCUUCCCCGCGGGCUACCUGGGCGCGCCCAGCCCCGCCGAUUACUCGCCCAGCUCGCCGGCGUACGCGCCCGCCACGCCCGCCGCGCCCGGCACACCCGCGCCCGCGCCCGACUGGCACACCACCGACCUCGAGGUGCGCGUGACCGGUCUGGCGGAGGAGGCGCUGCGCGGGCAGGCGGGCGUGGUGCGCGCGGUGUCGGGCGGCGCGUGCAGCGUCUUCCUGCCGCACGACGACCGCGUGGUGACGCUGCCCGCCGCGCACCUCGCGCCCCUCGUGCCGCAGUCCGGCGACAGGGUCAAGGUGAUCGCGGGCGAGGACCGGGAGGCGGUGGGGCAGCUGAUCUCCAUCGAGAACCAGGAGGGCGUCGUCAAGUUCGGCUCUGACGACAUCAAGAUCAUGCAGCUGCGGCACCUCUGCAAGAUGAGCGCCGCGUAGUGCGGGGCCGCGGACUCGCCGCACAGAGACCAAACUCCUAUUGUUGCAGUCUUGUAAUGUACACACGUACAUUGAUAACUCUCUCUAUGAAUUCACCAUCUCCAGAUUAAAAAUGGUAAAGACAGGAACAAAACUCAUACUCGUAAUUUCCUUCCUCUCUGUUAGUUCGCGUCCCUUUUAUACUCGUACUCGAUACCUAAUUUUAAAAUAAACUGAAUCAACUGACAAAUAAUUUUCUAUAAUCAUAAUGUAAUAGUUAUUUUUUAACGUAUUUCUGUUCAACAUUUAUUAUCUUAAGUUUAAUCGUAUUGUAUUAUUUUUGCUAUGUUAACGGAAGCAAAGAAAAUUUAUGAGUAUGGUUUGGGCUUAUUUUAUGGAAAAAUAAAAUGACUGCAACAUAAGAGCAGUAUUACUUGUUAUUCAUCAUGUAUCUGGGCAGAGAUGGCCGCUGGUGAACGGUGAACGAUCUUGUAUUCUUGUAUAAAUA